AUGGCCGCUGGGGCUCACACCGAUGAGCCGGUGAUCAACGAACGGAGCGGCGACGUUGGUCGCCACGCCAACUUGGUGCUGGACGUAGAGGCCAAUGGUCUCCGGGCUGAGAACCUGGCAGGGCACAGCUCGGCUACGGACGCGGACAAACCGAGGGAGCUCAGUGCUCAGCCGACGACUCCCAGCGGCCUGAUGACUACGGCAUCGCGCCGUGAGACGCCUCGACGGCGAGGCGCGGGCAUUCGAGGGGGGAACGACGCGGAAGACUCUUGGCCAAGGAAAGGAGAUCAAGGGGGUCGGCGCAAGGCGCAGCAGCAUACGAAGAACGCAGACAACAGGCCGGAGAAGCAGAAGCAGCUGGUGUUCCGUCACUAA